CGUGCGCCCGAGCCCCGAGCCGUGGCGGCCGCGGGCGGUGGGUGGGCAGGGGAACUCCGGACCUCGGCGCGGGCGGCCGAGCCCGGGGACCGCCGCCCGGGGGAAAGCGGGGAGCUCGGAGCCGCAGGGGGACCGCCCGCGGCGGGGAGGCGAGGACUCGGGUGGGCUUUCCUCACCCGGUACUCUCUUGUCCCAUAACUUGUGUGCUGAAAUCUGAGAAUUCCACCAAGAUAAUAUGAUAGGAACUUCCAGAGAUCUGGAGCCUCAUCCUACUUAGCCUGAUGCCGGCCUUCCAGCUUUCCUGAGAGCUUGGUGCCGAGCACACGCCACUUGCUCCUCGGCACAGGCAAUCAUGCCAUCUCUGCCUCAAGAAAGAGUUAUUCAGGGACCCUCUCCCUUGGAUCUGAAUACAGAAUUGCCUUAUCAAAGCACCAUGAAAAGGAAAAUCAGAAAGAAGAAAAAGAAGGGAACCAUUACUGCCAAUGUUGCUGGGACAAAGUUCGAAAUUGUCCGUUUAGUAAUAGAUGAAAUGGGAUUUAUGAAAACUCCGGAUGAGGAUGAAACAAGUAACCUCAUAUGGUGUGAUUCUGCGGUUCAGCAGGAGAAGAUUGCAGAGCUGCAAAAUUACCAGAGGAUCAACCAUUUUCCAGGAAUGGGAGAGAUCUGUAGGAAGGAUUUCUUAGCAAGAAAUAUGACCAAAAUGAUCAAGUCUCGGCCUCUGGAUUAUACCUUUGUUCCUCGAACAUGGAUCUUCCCUGCAGAAUAUACACAAUUCCAGAACUAUAUGAAAGAACUGAAGAAAAAAAGAAAGCAGAAAACUUUUAUAGUAAAACCAGCUAAUGGUGCAAUGGGUCAUGGGAUUUCUUUAAUAAGAAAUGGUGACAAACUUCCAUCUCAGGAUCACUUGAUUGUUCAAGAAUACAUUGAAAAGCCGUUCCUGAUGGAAGGUUACAAGUUUGAUUUACGAAUUUAUAUUCUGAUAACAUCGUGUGAUCCACUAAAAAUAUUUCUCUACCAUGAUGGGCUUGUGCGAAUGGGAACAGAGAAAUAUAUUCCACCUAAUGAGUCCAAUUUGACCCAGUUAUACAUGCAUCUGACAAACUACUCUGUGAACAAGCACAAUGAGCGUUUUGAAAGGGAUGAAACUGAAAACAAAGGCAGCAAACGUUCCAUCAAAUGGUUUACGGAAUUCCUACAAGCAAAUCAACAUGAUGUUGCUAAAUUUUGGAGUGAUAUUUCAGAGUUGGUGGUAAAGACCCUGAUUGUAGCAGAACCUCACGUCCUACAUGCGUAUCGAAUGUGCAGACCUGGUCAACCUCCAGGAAGUGAAAGUGUCUGCUUCGAAGUCCUGGGAUUUGAUAUUUUAUUGGAUAGAAAACUAAAGCCGUGGCUUCUGGAGAUCAAUCGAGCUCCAAGUUUUGGGACUGAUCAGAAAAUAGACUAUGAUGUAAAAAGGGGAGUGCUGCUAAAUGCACUGAAGCUACUAAACAUCAGAACCAGUGAUAAAAGGAGAAACUUGGCCAAACAAAAAGCUGAGGCUCAAAGGAGACUUUAUGGUCAAAAUUCAAUAAAAAGGCUCCUGCCAGGUUCCUCAGACUGGGAACAGCAGAGACACCAGUUGGAGAGGCGGAAAGAAGAGUUGAAAGAGAGACUUGCUCAAGUACGAAAGCAAAUCUUGAAAGAAGAACACGAAAAUCGACAUAUGGGGAAUUAUAGACGAAUUUAUCCUCCUGAAGAUAAAACACUACUUGAAAAGUAUGAAAAUUUGUUGGCUGUUGCCUUCCAGACCUUCCUUUCAGGAAGAGCAGCUUUAUUCCAGCGAGAGCUGAAUAAUCCUUUGAAAAGGAUGAAGGAGGAAGAUAUUUUGGAUCUUCUGGAGCAAUGUGAAAUUGAUGAUGAAAAGCUGAUGGGCAAAACUGCCAAGCCUCGAGGACCAAAGCCUCUGUCUUCCAUGCCCGAGAGUACAGAGAUGAUGAAGAGACAGAAGUACUGCAGCAGCGAGAGCAGUUACGACAGCAGCAGCAGCUCUUCAGAAUCAGACGGCAGUGGGAAGGAGGAAUACGAAAAUAAGAGAGGAGAAAAGCAAGUUACGUAUGAUCUUAAACAGUCCAGCCACUACAAAUUAAUCCAACAAUCCAGCUCCAUAAGGCGUUCAGUCAGUUGCCCUCGGUCCAUCUCUUCUCAGUCACCUUCCAGUGCGGACAACCGCCCCUUUUCUGCUCAACAAAUGAUAGCAUCCCGGCCAACGUCAGGGUCUCGGUCACAUUCUUUAAACCGUGCUUCCUCCUACAUGAGGCACCUGCCUCAUGGUAGUGAUGCCAGCUCUGCUAACUCUCAGAUGAGUGAGUCUUUGCGGCAACUGAGAACAAAAGAACAAGAAGACCAUCUAACAAGUCAGACCUUAUUUGUUCUCAAGGACAUGAAGAUCCGGUUCCCAGGAAAAUCAGAUGCAGAGUCACUACUUCUGAUAGAAGAUAUCAUUGAUAACUGGAAGUAUCAUAAAACAAAAGUGGCUUCAUAUUGGCUCAUAAAAUUAGACUCUGCAAAACAACGAAAAGUCUUGGACAUAGUAAAAACGAGUGUUCGUACAAUUCUGCCACGCAUCUGGAAGGUGCCCGAUGUUGAGGAAGUUAAUCUGUAUCGGAUUUUCAACCGGGUUUUUAAUCGCUUACUCUGGAGUCAUGGCCAGGGCCUGUGGAACUGUUUCUGUGAUUCAGGAUCCUCUUGGGAGAGUAUUUUCAGUAAAAGCCCGGAGGUGGUGACUCCUUUGCAGCUCCAGUGUUGCCAGCGCCUGGUCGAGCUUUGCAAACAGUGCCUGCUAGUGGUUUACAAAUAUACAACGGACACAAGAGGAUCACUGUCUGGUGUUGGUACCGAUUGGGGUAAUUCCAGACAUAUAGAUUGGACUGGCCUAAUGCUAACCAAAGGUUUUCCAGAGGAAAACAGAUUAUACAGGUAUUUACUACCAGGAAGUACACAAUUCAUCAUGAGAACACCAACCUACAGCUUGAAAUACAGUUCACCUGGAAUGACUCGCUCCAACGUUUUGUUUACGUCCCGAUAUGGCCAUUUGUGAAACGGAAAGGAAGAUCGCCAUGGGUUAUGCAUAACAGCAAUUCAUUUCUUCCCCCAAUUUAAACAUGCAAAGAAAGUGACCAUUAAGUGCUGUUUUAUGUAUAUAUGACAUAUAUAUGUGUGAAAAAAUGUACACACAUGCACUCAAAUAACAUAUAUAUUUAUUAUAAUAUAUGAAAGAAGAAAUAGCAGAAAACUGGAUAUAAGAUUUAACCUUUCUGGAAAUGUAAUAAACCAUGUUAAAAUUGUUUACACAAAUAUGUGAAUGUCUAGAAUUUGCUAGGUUUAUAAUUAAUACCUUCCUACUAGAAAUGUUAUUUUUGCUGCAGAGUAUAUAAACAGAAUUGAUCUUGAAGAUCCCAUUACAGUAUUAAAUAAUUUUUUAGAUGACACGUCUUUUGACUUGAAAAAGCAUUAAUAGUAAGUUACCUUAUUCCUUCUCUUAUAUCUAGUAGCCAUUUAAAUUACAAAAAAAAUUAGAAGCCUGGUGUUGCUUGAUAGGAUUAAGUAUAAAAUGGGUUUAUCAUUACUAUAGCACGUUGUAAAGUGCUAUAAAAACUCCAACUUGAGUCUCCAACAUUUCUAUUCUUCUAUGUGGAAAUUUAGCUACUUGUGAUAAUGUACAUUUUCAAGAAGGAUCUAGUAAGAUCACAUUAUGAUCUAAAAUAGAAGACAAUCCAGUGAGUUAAAAAUGAACAAAACAUAAACUAGCUUUUAUUUUUACUUUUCAUUGGGAGUCAAAAGAAAAGAAAAUGAUGAUAAUGACAAAAUCUUUCCAUAUGAUUUUUCUAUCUCAUACCACUCACUUUUAUUUGGGAAGUAUAUCUCUGAUGGGUACAUAUGGUCAAAAUACAAUUUAUUCUGUUCUUCAGAAGUAGAAGAGCUGACACUUCAAACUCAUUUCGUUGCUACAGGAUAAUGUGUCACACUUACAUUAUAGGUCUCUCAAUGUUGAGAGCAACUGACUUUGCAAAGUCUAAUACAGAGUUUCACAUUGCACCAUAGAAAAUAAUCUAAAUUAUUGCACAUGGAAGAUCCUGAUUACUAGAUAUUAUUAGUCAUGGAUGUUCCCUUGAUUGCUAGAUGUUAUGAGUUGUGGAUGUUCCCUUGAGAAUUUUUUAAAAUCAAAAUAUAGUAUGAAGUUUUCUUCUUGUCCAAAGUUAUUAUACCUAGUUUCAUAGCAGUUUACUUCCUUGUCUUGCUUACAGUUUCAGAAACCGCAAGUGAGCUUUCAGUUUUCCAUAAAAAUAUAAACAGCGCCAUGGAAAUCCUUAGAAAUUGCAAUAUCCACCUUUUAGAAGUUUAUUUAAACUUCUCCCAAUAGUUUUAUUUUCUCACAGAUGCUGAUUAUUUGCAAAAUUCAUGAAUCUUUUACCUCCUUUUACUAUCCUAGAAGCUAUUUCCAGUAGAUCAAGAUAGCCCAAAGUAGGAAAACUGAGAGGCAAACUGGCCUGGCUUAAUUCACAAGCUAGAUAAUUGGCAACCCAAAGUUAUAAGUUAGAUGUGCUUUGCUUUGAAAGCUGGAUUCUGAGCCUGAGUUAGGCUGAAGUAGGUUCUUCCCUAAAUUACUGCUAGCUCCUUGAUUCUUUAUGACUUCCUAGCAUCCAUAUUGUAGUAGAUGCUUUUCCUUGCCACAUGCAACUCAAAGGAGACUUUCUUAUUGUUUUUGUGGAAAAAGAAUAAGGAUGUCAGGGCAAAGGUGUUACUGUGUAGCUCUUUGUCUUUAUGACUCCAUUUUGUGAAUUCUUAAAUAUGUCAUAGAUUUCUUAGGAUAAAUAAUGAAGAAAUUUGGAUAUUACAAAAUUAUAAGAAUGAUCAGCAAGUAGGUCUUUUCAUGGAAGUAUUUUUUAGUCAUAGUUCUUUUAAAUUCACGAUUUGUACAUGAAUGAGAAUUUCAAGUGUUUGGGAUGUGAUAUCAACCCAGUUUGUUGACCACUUACUUGGAUUCACUUAAAUCAAAAUGGUUACGUAAUUUGCUAAAGUGGGUGCUUUGGAAAUUCUUUCCUUAGUUGCACAAGAGUGAAAUUUUUAUUUAAAACAAAAAAGAAGAAUGUCCAACAUGUCUCCUCCACAAAACACACACACACACACACACACAAAUUUAAAAAAUCAAGAGUAAGUUUAAAUAUAUGAAACUACCCAACUAAUUGAUGAACAGAUUUCAUUUCUCUAGCUACUUAAGUCUGGCUUUUUUUGAGCACUAGAGUUCCAUUGCCCACAUUUGCCUAUUCAUACUGAUCUAGUCUGAUAUGAUGAAGUUGUGAAUGAAAGCUAUGUGCUGAUUAUGUAUAUAUACUACCUGCUAUGCUGUGGACUGUGGUUGCUGCAGUGCUGUUUCCCUAACGAGAAACGAAGAAGAGAAGAUGCAGUAAUAAACCAUGGAAGUCUCUAGAGGCCAUAGAAAUGUUUUAGAUGUAUAAAAUAUUCCUUAGUUUUUAUUAUAAAUUUUUUAUUCAUAGUUAAACAUAUCAGUAUAAGUGAUAGUACGUACGGGUCUGACUCUCUCUUCUAGGAGAGAAAAUAACUUUCUCUGAGAAAACUCCAGAAGCUAUUCCAUUUUACUAGGAGUUUUUAAUAGGGAAUUUGGUUUACUUAUGAUGAAAGCAUAUUUUCAUUCUGUUAUUUAAAAAAAAUCCCUUAUCGUUAUGGAAAUCUCAUUAUCAAUUAUGCUCAUUAUGGAAUGCUUUCCAGAAUUGUGUGAAAAGCAACCUUUUUGUUUUAAAUCAUCGUCUAUGAACAUAGCAUGAGAUUGCAGAUUAGUUUUCGCUUUAAUAAUCCAGCAUUGUAAUUCAGUACCAUUUGCUUUAUGUAAUCUGUUGAAGGAACUAUUGUGAUUCAUACUAUGAUUAUUUUUACUAGUAAAUUUUAUUUUACUAGCAUUUCUUUUACCUUGCAUGUAUAAAAAUGAAAUUAUAACAGGAUCAGAUAUGGAAACAACAAUGGUAACCUUUGCCAGAUGUAAAGAUCUAUACGAAUUUUUUCAUAUGUUUAAAUUAGGUCUAAAUCCACAAAACUUUUCUAAGUCCUUCUCCCUAAAACUAAAAGGAACCAAAUUGAAACAAGCAGAAAUCCCUGACCUUUUCAUCUAAUACUUACACACAGCUGUAUGACAGUGGCUUCUAGACAUCAAGAAAAGGAUUUCAUUCUCAACCUCUUUUUAAUUUAGGAAGAUAUAAUUAAGAAUUUUGUUAUUUAACUUGAAAUUUCACAUAUUUAGUAUAAAUUAAUCUAAAUUAGCAUGUCAAAGCCAUUCCGCUUAAAAAUUCUCCUUAAACAGACACAUUACUUGACCUUUUCUAAAGUACCAAAAAUUGGUAGUUGUAUAAACUCUGUUAUUUCUAGUUUCCUAUAAAGCACUGAUUCAUUUUUAAAUGUAUAUUCUUUAAAAAUAGUAGCAAAUACCUCGAAAAGAGUGACACGAAAUACCUUUCUUUUUUGUUCUGUAAUGCUAAUUUACAUUUUAAGUCUUAGUUUACUUGGUUCUAAGAGUUGAACAAUAAAAAGUGUAACUACAAUUAGUUGUGUUCUGUGACCUGAUGAUUUUUUAAAAUUUGCUUUUCUCUUUAAAUUGAGAAAUUAAAAUUUCAAGGACUGAAUUAGUUGUCUAAAUAUUUUGGGCUAAUGUUACUUAUGAAUAAAUUAAAAAUUUGGAAAUAUAUUCAUGAUUAAAAUUUUAUAUCUUACACUGCUUUUUCUUUCUUUUCAUGUCCCCCUUGUUUUAAAGUUCCCUUUGAAGUUUUGACCUUUGCAUGGACAAAGUCAAGAAAAGAGAAAUUCUUCCUUUUAAACCUUGGUUUUCCUUGCAUUUUAUAAUGGUGUAUUUUUGCCUCAGCAGUAAUACAACUUAGAUAAAAUGUGUUAUUGGAUCAGGUUCAGUUUGUCUGCUGAGAUUUUUAAGAACCAGGUUGAAGUCACUGUGCCUAAAAAGCAUUAAUUAUCUGUAUCCGUAUGAACCAAGUUCAUGGCUACAAAUAACAGUCUUGCACCCCAAAAUUGGUGUAUUAAAACUUACUGCACACUUUGAGAUUGCUGCCCAUUUUUGGUGUUUUUUUGCCUUUUCGUAAAUGGGUAUCUGGUACAUUAAAGGAAAACUGUUCAGGUAACACAUUCUGCAUUAACUGGGCUGUAUUAUCUAAGAAGAGCUCUGGAAAGCUUUUAUUUUAUUCCCACCUAUUAACUUGAAAACUAUUGGUAAAAUUCUCAUUCAAUAGACUAAUAUUUUCUAAAUUAGUAAGAAGACUUACCUUACAAAAGUAAUCAGAUAAUGCUGAUAUUUCUCUUUCAAAGGCUAACAACGACAGUUCGGGGUACUGAGCUGGUCGGUUCAUACAAUAACUACUAUACAUGUUACAACGUUGAAUAUUAAUAGAUUUGCUGAAGAUUAUGGGUUUGAAGAUUAGCUUGAAAGCAAUACAUUUGCUACCAUAAAUCAUGACUCAAAUUAUCCCCCUGUGCUUCACUCCCUGUGUAUGAAUGCAAAUGCUGUUACAGAAAAUAUGCUUGAAAUGUCGACACAAUGUGCGAUUAGUACUGCAUUGUCAUGCUUCGGCUUGUGGUAUCUGUAUGGUGAAUUUAUUUCAAUUACUCAGAUAUGACUAUAAUAAAAAAUGUUUAACAUAAGAAAGCUACAA